ACAAAUGCUUCCCUCAAUCUCUAGCUGUCUCAUGGUUUUCAACCAGACAAGACCAGCGCCACUGCUCCUUCAUAACUUCUUCCCUUCUCUUUAGUUUCUCCUCCUCUCUCUGUCACAUGUAUCGAUAAUCAAUUGAUUUCAUAGUCUUUUGUUUGUGGAGAGUGAAGUGAGGUCCUAGUUUCUUUUUAGUAAACAAAAAAAAUGGGUCCUUUGACUUUAGCUGUUGACACAAAAACCUCUUCAAAACCCCAUUUAGAUGCACCCAUUUUGAAAAUGCAAAAAACAAAGCCUUUUGCAUCAAUCAAUGCACAAGAAGAUAGCCCAUUUGAUUUCUUGCGUAUUUUAUUCGAGGGAGUUAUAGCAGGAGGUACAGCUGGUGUUGUUGUUGAAACUGCAUUGUAUCCUAUUGAUACCAUAAAGACAAGACUUCAGGCGGCUCGUGGUGGUGGAAAAAUAAUGUUGAAGGGUCUUUAUUCUGGAUUGGCUGGAAAUCUAGCUGGUGUCUUACCAGCUUCUGCGUUAUUUGUUGGAGUAUAUGAGCCUACCAAGCAGAAAUUGUUGAAGACGUUUCCUGAAAAUCUUAGUGCUGUAGCUCAUCUGACUGCGGGUGCUGUGGGAGGGAUUGCUGCUUCUCUCAUUCGUGUUCCAACAGAGGUCAUUAAGCAAAGGAUGCAGACUGGCCAAUUCACCUCAGCCCCCGACGCUGUCCGUCUUAUUGUCUCUAAGGAAGGUUUUAAGGGUUUUUAUGCGGGAUAUGGAUCAUUUUUACUGCGUGAUUUGCCAUUUGAUGCAAUUCAAUUCUGCAUCUACGAGCAGCUACGGAUUGGUUAUAGAGUGGCCGCACAAAGAGAUUUGAAUGAUCCUGAGAAUGCUGCGAUUGGUGCUUUUGCUGGUGCACUAACUGGAGCCAUAACCACCCCCCUCGAUGUGAUCAAGACAAGGUUAAUGGUUCAGGGAUCAGCUAACCAGUACAAAGGCAUCGUUGACUGUGUCUCAACCGUUGUUAGGGAAGAAGGACCUACUGCUCUUCUAAAGGGUAUAGGGCCGAGAGUGCUGUGGAUAGGCAUCGGUGGCUCCAUCUUCUUCGGUGUCCUGGAACGCACAAAGCGGUUACUUGCUCAGAGGCGUGCUGUAUCUGAUCAACAGCCAAACCCAAAGCAGGAUUGAAGUUAACCAGAGUGGCUUGGAACCCGUGGCAGCUUUGUCAUGUUGACUUUCGGGUUCAAUGACAAUCCAUGCACCUGGAAAUAGCGUGGGAGUAUUGCCCUUGACACGAGCUUCAUCAAAAUCACUGAAAGGAGAUUUAAUCAGGGAUUAUCAACCCCUGGGCAAGCUUGACCAUCAGUAUUACAAAGGAAAGUUAUUUAUCCGCAUUCUUGAAAAAAAUAAAUAAAUCAAAAACAAAAGAAAGCUGUUCAUCUUCAUCCUAUUUGCAUACCAGAACUCGGGAUAUGCAAGUGAGGUUUAAAAUGUAGUUAUUUAUCCUCGUGUCUUUUAGGAGGGGAUGCUCUUCGUGGAAAGCAAAGCACUUGAUCAAAAA